AAUCAAUAUAGGUCACGGGAUGAAUGUAUGCACCCUGUGUUGGAAGUGAAACCCAUCGACGACACUGAUUUUACUGAUUUCAUGUCAUAUUGGUGGACGUAAGACAUUGAUCGGCUAGAGUUUGACAAGCGAGGAUCCUAGCAAGGAAGGACAAGGACAUUUUCACGAGAAGGUUGCACCUGAUGGAACGAAUAGAAAGCUGGUUGUGACCGUCCUGACAGAGAUACAUAGGAAACGUUCGUCAUGUCAUCGUUUGAUUACAUCGUGGUAGGAUGUGGAGGGAUCGGGAGCGGAGCGGUCUACUGGCUCUCAAAGGUUGCUGGCAAAGGUGUGCUGGGCUUGGAACAGUUUUCAAUUGGUCAUGUCCGGGGCGGAUCGCAGGAUUACUCAAGGAUCAUCCGUCAUCUCUACCAUGAUGAGAUGUAUACCAAGUUGACCCAAGCAACGUAUGACACCUGGGCCGACGUCGAGAAAGAAUCAGGCCUUCAGCUGGUUUAUAAGUGUGGCACCCUCGACCUGGCGCCUAGAGAUGCCCCUGCGGCCCAGGUUAUUGAGAAGUGCGCUGAUGCAUUGGACAAGCAGAGAAUAAAAUAUGAGAAGCUUGAUGGCCUCGGCAUUCGUCGCUACUUCCCACAGUGGAAGUUCGGCGCAGAGAUGGUUGGGCUCUACCAGCGGGACGGUGGGUUGGUCGACGCAGCUUCUGGGAAUGCGGCGCAUAUCCAGCUGGCCAGGGGAAAUGGGGCGACUGUCAUCGACAACUGUGCUGUGACGGGGAUACGAAAGUUGGGGCCGAAUAAUAUACAGGUUACCACAAACAAGGGUGAGUUCCGCUGUAAGCGCGUGAUAGUCACUGCCGGGGCCUGGAUAAACGAUGUCCUCGGCUCAUGCGGUGUCCACCUCCCCGUCACUGUCACCCAAGAACAGGUAACCUAUUACGCUACGCCGCAUAUGAGGGAUUUCACGAAAGACAAAUUUCCCGUGUUCAUCUACCACGGUGACUCUCAUGACCUGUACGGCCUCCCAAUCUACGGCAACACUGGCACCAAAAUGGGGAUUGAUGUGGGAGGACAUGAGGUGACCGGAGACACCAGGACAUGGACACCUGAUCCUGUUCGCGAGAACAAACAAGAAGAUUUCCUGAAAAGGUUUCUGCCGAAGUUCCUUGGCCCUAUCCUUGAGACAAGGACUUGUCUGUACACCAUGACGCCCGACAGGAACUUCGUGGUGGACAACCUGGCCAGGAAGGGUCUUCCCGAGGUCAGCUUCUGCUGUGGAGCCGGCCAUGCCUAUAAGUUCGCCUCUCUUCUCGGGAAGAUUCUAAGUCAGCUUGCAAUAGAUGGCCGCACAACCUACGAUAUCAGCAAGUUCUCCAUGGAGAGAGAGGCCAUCGCCGACCCGAAUUUCCCCAAGAAUUUUGGCCUUGGAAGAGUUGUUGGGGUCCACAAGGCUAAACUUUAGAACGGAUUUGAUCGGCAUCUUCUGCAACAUGCAGUGUUUAUGAUCGGACGCUGAACUUUUAGUCAGAGCUGCUGUAAAAUAUAGUAUAUAGUAAUAUAGUGUAUAGUAAAUAUAGUUGAUGGUGUUCCUAAAAUUGGCAAAAUAGAGUCGCUUUGGUUUCACCUUAACAUAAGGACGAGCUCAACAGAAAACUAAGACAAAAUAUAAAAGUACAAUGACUUUAAAACCCA